UCUCUAGGAAGAAAACUUGCUUGGAUCAAAGCAAAAUCUAAAGAGGCAGACUAAGAUAGAUAGAGACUUAGAAUAAUACAGUAUAGGUUUUCAAAGAAUAUGUAAUUAAUACUCCCAGGAACAUAUUUGAGGUACAAAUUUAAUAUUGAGAUGGGAGAGCAGUGAUCAUCAUUAAUCUCAGGGAGCACAAUGCCUAGGUGAUCUAUUGAUUUCUGGGAAAAUUCCUCAGCAGCAUUUCCCCACUUGCAUUAUGUAAGAAAUCUGCAGUAGCAAAUGUGAGUAGUUUUUCUCCCCCCAAGAUGAGUGACGUUCCCGAAGCCUCGUCAUCUUCACUUGACAAAGAUGACAAAUUUUCACAAGAUGGCUGCCCAAUACCAGCAGACGACAAUCACUUGUUGACGUCUGCGGACAAAGAGUCCAUCAAAAUCACCCGAAAGUAUGUGCCUGUCCUGACCAUGCCGAAGAAGACAUGCUUUACAGACAGACUGAGAAAUGUGUACCUCGUUUUUGGUUGUCUUCUGUUUUUUGUGUCUCUGAUCUUAAUGGUGGCGGGAACCAUCAGAGUCCACCAGUGUAACAAGGAAGGCGAGAUGGCUUGGAGUGAGCGCUUCAUAGAGGAAAAUGUUGAUCACUUCGUCGCCACGAAUAACUUUGCCCUUGAGAAACCAACAAAACAAAGUUCUGACCACGCGUUCGGAACCAGAGGUUACUCGGAGUUUGCCGUGGAUGGCGACAUCACAACGUGCUCCCAAACAGAUGAGGAGAUAUGGCCAUGUUGGUGGGUGGAUCUAAAGUCCAUUAGGCCGAUAGAGGCCGUCAUUAUUAAAGGAAGCGUAGAUCAAGGACUUCGAAAUAUAAGUAUAACAAUUCAGAACACUGAACCCAAUUUUUCUGAUUCUAAAACGAUCAAACAAGAUCCCUGCUUUACCCAGACUGAAAAGGUUUCCCCUUCCAUCGUAACAUCGUGUGGACGGAAUACGGACGAUAUGUGAUAAUUCGGAGAGGAUCAGAUGGCCGAAGUCCCCGGUCCUUAGUCUUGUGUGAAGUACUGGUCAUUCAAAGGAUAUAGCGGCCAUAAACUCUCGAUGUCCUGUCUUUCACCCCUGAUAGGUCAACCACCAGAUAUAUACCAAUGAUUGAGAGACUGUGAUAUUUAAUAUAACAGAGUUGUAUUUCGUACAUAUCUAUUUAUUAUCUUGUUUCUUGGAGUAUAUAUUGGGAAACAGGGAAAUGGAUCAGAUAACGUGUGUGGAAUAAAGGCUUGCCAAAGGUUAAGCCGGUUUAGAAGCACCUGUCUACUCAAUGAUAACUAUUAUUUUUUGAAAAUGUCUGAAGGAGUCUUUCUUGAAUAUGUCAAUGACUGUCAUUUGUAAAUUGUUUUUAAAGAUAUUAGUGUGCAUGUCAUAAUCGAAAUAUGUACAUAAAUGUUAAAUAUA